AAGUUGGUCCAAAGAGUGGUACGUGUACAAAAGCACCUGAGCACACCUUGGCUAAAUAGAAGAACCAGCAGUUUCUCACAUGAACCUGAAACUGAACCUAACUAUAUCUCCCCGCCGUCUUUGCAGGGCUGGGAAACCUCCAAGAACACCCCAGCCUCUCGAGAAAAGAAAGAAAUGCUACAGAAUUCGUGUCAAAUUGACCACAAUAUCAAAGGAAAAUCUAUCCACAACAUGUACUGUAAAGACGUGUAUAAACUACAUGUAUAGCGUAUCAAUAUACGCGUAUAUACAUGGAAAGACUCUAAAUCGCAAAUAUAUAUAGAGAGAGAGAGGUGGAGGAGUCUCCCUUGGGACCCUCACAUUGCGUCUUUAUCUAGACCUUUUUGUCCUUGUUUCUUUGUAGCCCAUAUUUUCCUUUUUUUCAUAGCUUCGCUCCUUAUAUAUUGUUUAUUAAUUAAUGUCUUCCUCCUCCUCCUCCUCAUCAUCAUCUAGCAGUGGCAAUGGCAAUGGCAGCGGUGGUGGUAAUUACGGUGCAAGAAGAGCCGGUGAGUACGAAGGGCCAUCAAGGUCUCGUCCAAGAGCCAUUAACGAGGUUUGGCCUGAGCCUUUUCUGGAAGCUCUUGCUGCCCAAGUCGCCAUUGAUGCUUCUCGCCUUGUCGGCCGGCUGGUCGCGGCACAGGCACUUGCCAAUGUAUUUCAGGUGUGUUCAACGUGGCGAGCAGUCUCGCGUUCGGAUCCUCUUUGGCACCGUCUCACUCGCGGUAUCUGGGGCCGCACCAACCUUUUCCAUGACACUUGGCGAGAGGAGUAUAUCUACCGCCACCAAACGGCCCAAAACUUCCGAUCCGGAAGAGCUGUCCAUUUCGCUCUCCACUUUGAUCCAGCUGAUGUGGAUGACCCCAACGACCCUGAUGCUCUAAUAUGCCGCUGUCUCGCUUUCUCCGAUCGCUACCUUGCAUGCGGUUUUGCUGACGGCGCUGUCCGCCUCUUUGAUCUCACCACGCGCCUUCAUGCACGCACUUUCCGCCCUGAACACCAUGACCGCCUGGGCAGGUUCUCUCGUGCGGUCUCGGGCAUCGUCAUCACGGCCACACGCUUGGUGUUUGCCACGUUAGAUGGUGAUAUCCACGUGGCGGCGGUAAAUAGCAAUGCCAAUCCACGGAGGGCCCGCUUAGGUGAGGUGUUGAACGACGGGGCAUUAGUGGACUUCACGGGCCGUGGGCGAUGGUGGGUGGGCCUAUACGCUGGGCUUCCGGGCCGGGCCUAUCGUGUCUGGGAUGGUAACACCGAAGAACCUCUCUUUGAAGGCGGGGCGUUGACUGACCCAGAGGCUGUGUUGGGUUGGCACACGUUGACAGAAGUGACUGAGUUUGUGGGCCGAGUCAGGGUCACGAGUCAGGAAUCGGUCGUGGCAUGCACGAGUUCGAGACUUGUUAUUUUUGAUUUGGGGGACCUUGGGGCUGUACUAAGGGAGGAGGACUACACUAACAGGAGAGGCAUCUUGGUGGGUUCCUUCGACGUAUGCAAUGAGGCGUAUGUGAUUGUAGAUGGCAGGGGGAAUGCUAGCGUGCGCAGGGCGGACACCUCGGAGGAGAUGUGUGGCUUUACCGUGAGGCCUCCAAGGGGAGUGCUUGGGUGCAUGAAUGGUGGGUACGUGCUAACGUGCGCGGGUGGUGUAGUAAGGGUAUGGCAGAUAGAGCAGCCUGGUCGCCAAGAGUAUUUGUAUAGCUUCAGGGAGAGGAUAGGCGAGGUAAACGCUCUCGUUGCAGAUGAGAGGCACGUGGCAGCAGCAUCAAGUGACACGAAUAUACACCUGUGGGAUUUUGGGGCACAGUAGGUGGAGGGCACGGGGGGUGGGGGUAGGGUUAGGGUUAGGCGACCUGACCUAGAAAGGGAAAUAGACCUAAGCUAAGAUGGAGGGGGGAUGGUGACAAGAGGGGAUGUAGGCUCUCGGUAGGGUUUAGAUUUAGUUUUAGCACGAGGAACCUGAUAUCUUUGACUUGUAUGAAAGUAGCUUGUGAUUUUUGAUAUGGAGAGAGAGGGAGGGAGAGGUGCGGAGGGCCGUGUCAGCCGCUGUUUUGGGUGCUCUUUUUGGGUAUGAAAGAUGAUGUCGAGAUCCGGGGGACGAGGAGCCUGUGCCUGCCUAUUUAUUGGAUUGACUAAAAGGAGGAGGAAGAGGAGGAGGCUUUCUGGUUUCUGUACAUUUUCUCUUUUUCUCUUCUCCGUUGGUUUUUAAUGCUGUGGUUCCGGAAUCUAUUCGAGUUGUUCCUUUCCUCCUUGUACUUUCAUGGCUUUUUAGCACUUUCAUUGGCUUUUUAAUUAAUUGUGGGGCCGACUUCUGCUGAUUAAUGGGAACCCCACAAAGCUUUUAUGGCGCA